CAUCGGUAAAGUGAUCAACUAUCAUGAAGUGGCUUGUCGUUCUCACGGCCCUUGUGGCUCUCUCUGAAUGCUAUUACAAGAUUCCUCUUAUCAAGGGGAAGACUGCCAGGGAAAAACUGCAGGAGGAAGGCCUAUGGGAGACGUACAGGGAACGGUACCCUUACAUGCCAAUGGCCAAGUUCGACCAGAGUGGCACUGAGCAAAUGACCAAUGAUGCUGACAUGUCCUACUAUGGUGUGGUCUCCAUCGGCAAUCCUCCUCAGUCAUUCAGUGUUAUUUUUGACACUGGCUCCUCCAACCUGUGGAUCCCCUCAGUCUAUUGCAGCAGCCAGGCUUGCCAGAACCACAAAAAAUUCAACCCACAACAGUCCUCCAGCUUCCAGUGGGGCAACAAGGCUCUGUCUAUCCAGUAUGGUACUGGCAGCAUGACUGGAUAUCUUGGCAUUGACACUGUUGAGGUUGGUGGAGUCUCUGUGGCAAACCAGGUGUUUGGACUGAGCCAGACAGAGGCUCCCUUCAUGGCGCACAUGGUGGCCGAUGGUAUCCUCGGACUGGCCUUCCAGUCCAUUGCCUCUGACAAUGUUGUGCCCGUCUUUGACAACAUGAUCAAGCAGAACCUCGUGGCCCAGCCUCUGUUUUCCGUCUACUUGAGCAGCGACGCUCAAAAGGGCAGUGAGGUGGUCUUCGGUGGAUCGGAUAGCAGUCACUAUACUGGACAAGUCACCUGGAUUCCUCUGACCUCGGCCACCUACUGGCAGAUCAAAAUGGACAGUGUUACCGUCAAUGGCCAGUCUGUUGCCUGUGCCGGCGGUUGCCAGGCCAUCAUUGACACUGGUACCUCCCUCAUUGCUGGCCCAACCAGUGACAUCAAUAACAUCAAUUCCUGGGUUGGAGCCUCAACAAACCAGUAUGGAGAUGCUGUAGUGAACUGCCAGAACAUUCAGAGCAUGCCUGAGAUCACCUUCACUCUCAAUGGACAUCCCUUCACUAUCCCAGCAUCUGCCUACGUCUUACAGAGCAACUAUGGCUGCUGGACUGGUUUUAGCCGGGGUGGCACUGACCAGCUGUGGAUCCUGGGAGAUGUCUUCAUCAGACAGUACUAUGCCAUCUUUGAUGCCAAGGCUCAGUACAUUGGUCUGGCCAAGUCUGUGUAAUCAUAUAUGGCACCUGACAGAUAACCUAUGAUUCUGUGACUUCCAAUAAGGGGCUAUAUGAUUCAAGAUUUGCUGUAAACGAUUGAUGUAAACGGAAAACCAAGAUGUCAGAUUGAACCUGCAUUGUAAACACACUAUAAAAGUGAACAUGCCCUGCAGUAGCUAGAUUUGAAUUAAACAGAUUGUU